CCCAUCUCCAGCGUCACCAUGGGCGCCCAGCCCGGUUAGCCAAAGUGACGCCAUCCGCCCUCCUGGGGUCCGGCGAGCUGCGCGGCCUCGCUCUGCUGGAGCGGCCUCACGCCGCCGUGUCCGCACGCCACCUGGUUACCGUGGUGAGCAAACCGCCCUCUGAUUGGAGGAGGCCUUUUCUAUUUUCAGAGUGCCAAAACGUGUUCACACCCAUCAAUUGGAGGUUACCUGUCAAUCAGACUCAUUGGGGCGGGACUAAGAUGUCAUUGGUGCAGCUUUCUUAAAAGUGAUCAAUAUGUCAGAGGAACCAGAAAUAUGAACGCCAUUCUGAGGUUAGAUCAUGGAGGAUGAAGAGGUCCUCUAAACACUAAUAUGUGUCAAAAUAACUUCACGACUCCCCUUAACUGUUUUACUUCAGUAGGAUGUUAACGAUGUAAAUGUGAAAAGAAAUCUCUUUGUGGUCUUAAAUAUAUAUAUAUAUAUAAAAAUCUGUCUAAUAUUAAGAUUUCAAACCAGAACAGGAACAACGUCCACCUUGUAGUUUCUAAAGCAAACACAAACAUCUGGUGGAAACACAUUAAUAAAGAGUCUCUGCCACCGUGCUCCCUUUGGCCUCUAAGCUCAUCAGAGACGCAGGAGGUCAGAGGUUGGAUCACAGUAGACGGACAAGGAGCAGCAGACUCCUCAGGCACGGGAAGAGGCUGCACUCUCUGUUGCCAUGGAAACACCAUCACCAGUGUGUGUGGGAGAGACCCACUUACCUUCACAAUGUGCGUUUACAUAACUAGACAAACAGUGGAGACCUUCAGAGUGACAUUGAGACAAAGACAGGUCAGAGACAGUGAGACAGACAGGUCAGACACAGUGAGACAGACAGGUCAGACACAGACAUUUAUAUGUAGGAGGAAUCAUUUAAACAAAUAUGUGCACAGUCAGUCAGACGCAUCGCAGAUGAAUUGUGGGCAAAGAAAUCUGGAGAAAGAGGGACGUGAAUGUUGGGAGUGUAGAGACGGGCAGAUGGUGUGUGUGUGUGUGUGUGUGUGUGUGUGUGUGAGCUUGUUUGUUGGAGCAUGUGGACCUGCGUGUGUGUUAUAUAAUUCACGUGUGUGUUGCGUGUGGAGAGAACUUUGAAGCCACUUCAAACACAUGCAGUGAAACAUGAGUCAUCAGCUGCUUCUGUGGAACAUGUGACCUGUGUAAUGACAUAUUUGUGACAUGUGUGCGGAUUCAAGAUGGCCGCUCCUUCACCUGACGAACAACUUAAUAACAACGAUGAGGUUAAAACUAGUGGAAAGCUUCAAGAUGACAAAUAUCCCAGUUUCACCUGCGGUACCCCGCAGCUAUGGACUAAAUGUGUGUGUGUGUGUGUGUUUUGGUAUCGGCGUGUCGGGACAGAAAUAGCACCUGAUCCUAACAGGAAGCGCAGCGGGAUAAUGGCAUUACCUGGACAACGGCCAAUCAGGUGGCCCGUUAAACUCGGCCCCCCUCUAAGCCAAUCACAGAUCAGGGAAUGAUUAGAUCAGGAAGCUUCUCUCCGAGUGUUCUGAGGGAAAAGCUUCCUGUGCUCGACAGGGAGGAACCACAAUGUUUACACCUCCCCUUGUAUCUGGCUGUGGACGUGAGGAGGCUGAGCGUCAGUCUUCUUCGGUGGUUUCGGGAAGGCGUGGCGGCGGCGCUGGGCGUCCCUGCAGGACACGUGCACAUCAACCGGCUGAAUGAGGAGAAGAACAGCAUCGAGCUCUUCGUGUCCUCUGAUAGGCUGGGCAUCUCGGAGCCCCGCCCCGCCGAGGAGGUCAUCCGAUCCCUGAACGUCAGGGUCCUGCACCGCCACCUGGGACACUUCGGCAUCACCGAGGUCUCCACCGAGAAGAACGUCCUGCAGGGCGAGCAGAGGGACCACGUGUGGACCAGAGAAGGUUUUUACACCGUCGUCCUCUUCUUCACCGUCUUCGUCAUCGUCGUCACCUGCUUGAUGGUUUUGUUCCGACUCAAAGAGAAGGUCCAGGUUUCUGAGACACAGCUGAAAGCUCCGCCCCCUGACCUCCACCCGACCGUCCUCCAAGACCACGGCCAGAGGUCAAAGGGCACCAAGGUUGUGACGUCAGAAAGAAUGGUCCAAGCUGAGCUCCCUCCAACGGUAGCCACGCCCACUCGCCUGCAGCAGCAGCCAAGCUCCGCCUGCCGGCGCCUAGCUCCGCCCCCCGCCACCCCGCUGCCCCGCUCCGCCCCUUUCCCAGCAAGCAGCGACCACGCCCCUCUGGCCAGCGUUGCCCCGGCGACGCCGCUCCCCGAGCUGAAGCCCUGCCCCUCUCCCUUCAGGAUGAAGCCUGCGGCCGGACUGCAAGAGAGGCGAGGCUCCAACGUGUCCCUGUCCCUGGACAUGUCGGCCCUGGGCUCCGUGGAGCCCCUCAGCGCGGUUGCCGUGGUGACGCCCCGGGAGGCGGGGGCCAGGUACCUGCUGGCGGCCGGCCGGCCUCUGACGCGGCAGCAGCUCCGCGACGCGGCCGGCGACCCGCAGCGGCUCCACGCCGAGUUCGCCGAAAUUCCCAUGAAUUUCAUUGAUCCCAAGGAGCUUGAUGUUCCAUAUCAUGGCACCAAGAACAGAUACAAGACCAUUGUGCCCAAUCCUCAUUCCAGAGUCAUCCUCAAGUCGAAGAGCGACCCGCUCAGCUCCUACAUCAACGCCAACUACAUCCGGGGUUACCUAGGCAACGAGAAGGCCUUCAUCGCCACGCAGGGUCCCAUGGUGAACACGGUGAACGACUUCUGGCUGAUGGCCUGGCAGGAGGAGGCGCCCGUGGUCGUCAUGAUCACCAAACUGAAGGAGAAGAACGAGAAGUGCGUCCUGUACUGGCCUGAGAGGAGGGGCAUCUACGGGAAGGUGGAGGUGCUGGUGACGGGCCUGAGGGAGUGUGAGCACUACACCGCCCGCAGCCUCACCCUCAAGUGCGGGAAUCAAACGCGCGGCGUGCAGCACUACUGGUACACGGCGUGGCCCGACCACAAAACCCCCGACGCCACCAUGCCGCUGCUGCAGCUGAUGUCCGACGUGGAGGCGGAGCGACGGGCCGCGGGGCCGGUGAUCGUCCACUGCAGCGCCGGGAUUGGCCGGACAGGCUGCUUCAUUGCCACGACGAUAGGAUGUCAGCAGCUGCAGAGGGAGGGAGGGGUCGACGUUCUGAGCAUCACCUGCCAGCUCCGAGCAGACAGAGGUGGUAUGAUCCAGACAGGUGAGCAGUACGAGUUCGUGCAUCACGCCCUGAGUCUGUUCGAGGCCCGCCUCUCAUCAGAAACCGGCCAAUGAGGGCGCACUUGGACCCAGGAGGCGUCGGCUCAAGUCUUUAAUGCGAGUGUAAUCUCUGAUAUCAGGGAACCCCCCCGGGGGGGUCUCUGAGCACCAGGGACAGCCAAUGAGGACGGGUGUGGGCGGAGCCUGCGGAAGGCAAGAAGACAGGUACAUUUGUCAAAGUGGAACACGUCUGUUGUUUCUUCUCUUAGGAGGAUCUUUGAGGACUUGUGUCCUCUCCUGGACCGAGUUCUUCUCUGUUCCCCUCUUGGAGGUCUCUGGUGGUGCUUCUGUGACUUGUAGGGUAUAAACUGAUCUUGUAUCGUGGUGUUCUGGAAACGACUGUUAGCUGUAAGUCGUGACGUCUGCUCUCCGUAGUCGCUAUAUAUCUUCUAGUAUCUUCACCGAUUCAUCUAUAACUACCAACGUCCUUCAAAACCUCGUUCAGCUUGAGGAACGUAAACAUGAAGCAGCUUCUACGCUAACUUCUGACACCAGCUGUGAUUCCAUAACGUCAUUUUAGAUGCACAUUUAGUAUCUGAAAGGCUUCCAGGCGGAAACUGCUAAAUUCCCCCAAACAGAAGUCACUUUCUCGUUUACGCUAAGCUAAGCGUAGCGUAGCGUAGCGUAGCGUAGCGUUUAGCGCCACCUCUUUAUGAAUCUACAUUCUGACGGAGAGCCGAGGUCACAGACCUCUAACACAAACCCAUGUGAUGAGCCUCUCUGUAGAGGCUGUAGCUUAGUGCUUCAUGUGCUUGAUGCUAAAUAAUCGACGCUAACGUGUUUUAUUACAAUUAUUUAUAAGUCCGUCUGCCAUAAAGCUUUAAGUCUGGAGUGGAAAAUUAGAGGAAAUGUGUUUUUACAAUUGUACCACGUAACGGCCCCCCAUCAUGCUAACACUAUAAAGACCCUUAAUAUAUAUAUAUAUAUAUAUAUAUAUAUAUAUAUAUAUUUCAGAUCCAUGAAGAAAUGGAAACCUAACAAGCUCAGUCACCGUUUAUAUAUUUCAGCAGGAUUCAGCUUAUUAAUGAAUUAAAGGUAUAACGUUUUUUAGUAAUUAAACUGCGUCGUAGUUAAACUUUGAUGUUCGCACUGAAACAAUAAAAGGGAAAUAAUUUACAGUCAUCAACGCUGUUGUAAAAUAUUAUCUUAGUGACUGUUAUUUUUUUGUGUAUCAAAGUAACAACUUUAUUUUUAUACUGUUUUUACAUGUUUAGCAACUAGCUGCCGUUUGUCGUGAACUCAACAAAUGAAACGCUGUAUUUUAGAAUAAAACGAUAAUUCUCUUCUGUCA